CUUAGUGAAGCUUUGAAAAAUAUGAAUUGUAAACUUACUGAAUUGUCUCUUGAUAGUAACAAGAUAGUUGAUGCAGGUGCAAAAUCCCUUAGUGAAGCUUUGAAAAGUGAGAAUUGUAUCCUUACUGAAUUGGAUCUUUCUUCUAAUAAGAUAGGUGACGAAGGUGCAAAAUCUCUUAGUGAAGCUUUGAAAAGUGAGAAUUGUAAACUUACUGAAUUGUCUCUUGAUAGUAACAAGAUAGUUGAUGCAGGUGCAAAAUCCCUUAGUGAAGCUUUGAAAAGUGAGAAUUGUAUCCUUACUGAAUUGGAUCUUUCUUCUAAUAAGAUAGGUGACGAAGGUGCAAAAUCUCUUAGUGAAGCUUUGAAAAGUGAGAAUUGUAAACUUACUAAAUUGGAUCUUUCUUAUAACAAAGUAGGUGAUAAAGGUGCAAAAUAUCUUAGUGAAGCUUUGAAAAGUGAGAAUUGUAAACUUAGUGAAUUGUCUCUUAAUUAUAACAAAAUAGGUGACGAAGGUGCAAAAUCUAGUGAAGCUUUGAAAAAUAUGAUUUGUAAACUUACUGAAUUGUCUCUUGAUAGUAACAAGAUAGUUGAUGCAGGUGCAAAAUCCCUUAGUGAAGCUUUGAAAAGUGAGAAUUGUAUCCUUACUGAAUUGGAUCUUUCUUCUAAUAAGAUAGGUGACGAAGGUGCAAAAUAUCUUAGUGAAGCUUUGAAAAGUGAGAAUUGUAAACUUACUGAAUUGUCUCUUUCUCAUAACAAGAUAGGUGACGAAGGUGCAAAAUCUCUUAGUGAAGCUUUAAAAAGUGAGAAUUGUAUCCUUACUGAAUUGAAACUUUCUUCUAACAAGAUAGGUGACGAAGGUGCAAAAUCACUUAGUGAAGCUUUGAAAAGUGAGAUUUGUAAACUUACUGAAUUGUCUCUUUCUCAUAACAAGAUAGGUGAUGAAGGUGCAAAAUCUCUUAAUGAAGCUUUGAAAAGUAAGAAUUGUAAACUCACUGAAUUGUCUCUUGAUAGUAACAAGAUAGGUGAUGAAGGUGCAAAAUCUCUUAGUGAAGCUUUUAAAAGUGAGAAUUGUAAACUUACGGAAUUGUCUCUUGAUAGUAACAAGAUAGGUGAUGGAGGUGACGAAGGUGCAAAAUCUCUUAGUGAAGCUUUAAAAAGUGAGAAUUGUAUCCUUACUGAAUUGGAACUUUCUUCUAACAAGAUAGGUGACGAAGGUGCAAAAUCACUUAGUGAAGCUUUGAAAAGGACGAAGUAUCUUAGUGAAGCUUUGAAAAGUGAGAAUUGUAAACUUACUGAAUUGUCACUUUCUCAUAACAAUAUAGGUGAUGGAGGUGCAAAAUCUCUUAGUGAAGCUUUGAAAAGUAAGAAUUGUAAACUUACUGAAUUGUCUCUUGAUAGUAACAAGAUAGGUGAUGAAGGUGCAAAAUCUCUUUGUGAUAUAUGUUAUGGAGGUGAUGAAGGUGCAAAAUAUCUUACUGAAGCUUUCAAUAGUGAGAAUUGUAAACUUACUGAAUUGGAUCUUUCUCAUAACAAGAUAGGUGAUGGAGGUUCAAAAUCUCUUAGUGAAUCUUUGAAAAUUGAGAAUUGUAAACUUACUGAAUUGGAUCUUUCUAAUAACAAUAUAGGUGAUGGAGGUGCAAAAUCGUUUAGUGAAGCUUUGAAAAUUGAUAAUUGUAAACUUACUGAAUUGGAUCUUUCUCAUAACAAUAUAGGUGAUGUAGGUGCAAAAUCUUUUAGUGAAGCUUUGAAAAGUGAGAAUUGUAAACUUACUGAAUUGUCUCUUAAAUAUAACAAUAUAGGUGACGAAGGUGCAAAAUAUCUUACUGAAGCUUUCAAUAGUGAGAAUUGUAAACUUACUGAAUUGGAUCUUUCUCAUAACAAGAUAGGUGAUGGAGGUUCAAAAUCUCUUAGUGAAUCUUUGAAAAUUGAGAAUUGUAAACUUACUGAAUUGGAUCUUUCUAAUAACAAUAUAGGUGAUGGA